UUCUUUUGCACUUUGACACUUCGCUCAAUACCCAAAAGGGGAAUCUCUCUUUGGACUCUGUUAUUGUGUAGCUUCUUCUUCACCCUGUAAGGUCUGCUCAGUGCUGCGUCUGUAAUGGCGGGGGAAAAUCUGUCGGUCGUGCUGCACGCCAAGGGAGACCUCCGGCUGGAAAAUCGCCCUAUCCCAGAGCCAGGGCCUAAUGAGGUUUUGCUGCAGAUGCACUCUGUAGGAAUCUGUGGAUCAGAUGUCCACUACUGGCAGAACGGCCGAAUCGGGGACUUUGUCCUCACCAAACCGAUGGUGUUGGGACACGAGGCAGCAGGGCGUGUGAUGAAGGUCGGAUCAGAAGUCAAGCAUCUUAAAGUAGGUGACAGAGUAGCCAUUGAGCCAGGCGUGCCCCGCGAGAUGGACGAGUUUUUUAAAAACGGAAGAUAUAACUUGUCUCCUACCAUCUUCUUCUGCGCCACACCUCCUGAUGAUGGCAAUCUGUGCCAAUACUACAAGCACAGUGCCAACUUCUGCUACAAGUUGCCUGAUAACGUGACAUUUGAGGAGGGAGCUCUAAUAGAACCUCUGUCUGUGGGGAUCCAUGCCUGUCGCAGAGCCGGUGUAACCCUGGGCACCACCGUGCUCAUCUGUGGUGCAGGGCCUAUUGGGUUGGUCUGCCUGCUAGUGGCCAAGGCGAUGGGGGCCUCGCAGGUCGUCAUCACAGAUCUGGCCCCUGAGCGUCUGACCAUGGCCAAAGAGUUGGGAGCAGACUUCCAGCUGACGGUGAAGAGAGGAGACGCUCCCCGGCAGCUCGCAGAGAGCGUCGAGGAGAAGCUGGGCACUCAGCCGCACGUUUCUAUUGAAUGCUCUGGAGUGGAGAGCAGCAUUCAAACCGCCAUCUAUGCCACGCGACCAGGUGGAGUGGUGACGCUGGUGGGUCUCGGCGCUGAGAUGGCCAAUAUUCCUCUGAUCCAUGCUGCUGUGAGAGAAGUGGACAUCAGAGGAGUUUUCCGCUACUGCAACACCUGGCCGAGGGCAAUAGCCAUGUUGGCGUCAGGUAAAGUGAAUGUGAAGCCCCUGGUGACACACCGCUUCCCCCUGGAGCAGGCGGUGCAGGCCUUCGAGACCUCACGUCAGGGUCUCGGGAUAAAGGUCAUGUUAAAGUGUGACCAGAACGACCAGAAGCCCUGACCCACUGCAGGGAAACAGACCAGAGCCGAGAGCCACUGAGCGUGACAAGCAGACACAAACACAGGCUGGACGUUGACCCUAGAAUAGAUAACAGAAA